CCUGAUCCGCCGUUCCUUGUAGAACUGCGCACGCGCCUGCUCGGCUGGCUUGUUGCGUCCAUCCCCGAAGUUUGGUCCGUAGGCAGUCUGGCACGUUUACAGUAGUCGGUUCGGGCCGCCGCCAUGACCACAUGUUCAGUUUCCAAGGGCUGCUUUGUGUUCAAGCCUGAUUCUAAGAGGAGAAGGUUAUCUUCAGCAGUUGACUACUUUAGUCAAGGUAAUAGCGACACCGAGGAUAGUGGGCUACGAUUUGACACUUGCCAAUCGUUAUGGAAACAAAUUAAAUGUGAAACAGAGCAAUUGCAAGAGGACCUGAACAAAAAACUCUUUGAUAACCUCCUAAAAUUUUUGAGACAAUCCCAUUCAGACUUCAAACAGAAGAAAACAGAAUGGGUUUGUCGGAUGAAAGCCAGUGAAAUUCCUACUGCAGCCGUUGUUCUAGGCGUGAAUGUUACAGACCAUGAUCUGACUUUUAAAAGUCUCUCUGAAGUUCUUCAGAAUGAUGUUACUCCCUUUGUAGUAUCGCUGAGGUCCAAGGAAUGCUCAGGCAUAAAAUAUUUACUGCAGAAGCUGAUGGUUCAGCUGAUGGGCUGCCAAAUAGAUAUGGAUUCAUCUGAAGAGGAAGAACAUUCUAAAAUUUCUUCAAACAGAAUACGUUACUCUGUGGCAUCUCUUACUGAUUGGUAUAGGAAUGUAACAAAGAAGAUGGAUACUGGAAGUCCAUGCAAAAAAAGAAUAUUCUCAUCUCGACACUGGGAGUCUCCUCCAGUUGUGGUUAUUUUCAAGGAUAUAGAAAGUUUUGCACCCAAGGUUCUGCAGGACUUCAUAGUUAUCAGCAGUCACUGUAUACAUGAAUUUCCACUGGUACUGAUUUUUGGAAUUGCCACCUCCCCGAUGAUCAUUCACAAGUUACUUCCUCAUUCAGUUUCCUCUUUGCUUUGCAUAGAGCUCUUCCAGUCUCUUUCUUGCAAAGAUCACUUGACUAAAGUAAUUGACAAGCUAAUUCUGACAAGCCAGUUUCCAUUCAAACUUAGUGAGAAAGUUCUGCAAGUGCUAAUAAACAUAUUCUUGUACCACGAUUUCUCAGUCCACAACUUCAUCAAGGGAUUUCAGCUGUCUCUUCUGGAGCAUUUUUAUUCCAACCCACUCAGUGUGUUGUGCUGUGAACUGCAAGAAGCUAAGAAGAGAGUAAAAAAUUUAUCAGCUAGUCAGUGUGAAAAUAUUCGAAGACUGCCAUCUUUUAGAAGGUUUGUUGAAAGUCAAGUAUCAAACAAGCAGACUGUACUGCUGACAGAUGAUGAAGGUUUGAAGAAAACUGUGCAAGAUUUAUUGCAAGACCUGAAUACUUAUCAUGAAAAUUAUUUCCCAAUUCUGCGAUGUCUUCAUGCAGCCACAUCUUCUAUUCCAAAAUAUCCAUUAGGCAAACAAAUCAGAGAAUUGUAUUGUGCUUGUUUAGAGAAGAGUGUUUGGGAAACAGAAGAAUAUGAGUCAGCCAUUCAACUGGUGAGGAUGUUGGCCAAGGAUGAACUGGUGGUCAUUUUGGAAAAGUGUUUGGAAAUUCUUACAUCAUCUUCUGCAAAACAACUUGGAACCCCUGCCGAGAAAUUAGAAGAAUACCUGGGUCAACUUAAAAAUUUUGAAGCUGAAGCCAGUGAUGAUCAAGACACGUCUAUAUCCUCAUUAAAAGAACUUCAGAAGAAGACGGACCUCUAUCACCUUCAAAAGACUCUGUUGGAGAUAAAAGAGUCAAGAAGGCUUAAGAAAUUAAGCAAAUUUGAAAUGCUCCGUUUUGAAAUUGUUGACUUCAUAGAUGGGCUUGUGAGAAAGUACCUUGUGCCUGUGGAGAUGCAAACGCUGCAUGAAGUGAUGUAUUUCAGUGCAGCAAAUACACUUCGUGAACAUUUGAAUGCUGCCCCACGUGUUGCCCUUCACACUGCCCUCAAUAAUCCAUAUUUCUACCUGAAGAACGAAUCCUUGAAAAGUGGUGCAGGGUCCAUUUCUAAGACAGCUCCUGAUAUUUGUAUAGCAUACAAGCUUCAUUUGGAGUGUGGCAGAUUAAUUAACCUUGUUGACUGGUUAGAGGCUUUUUCCACAGUGAUAACAGCCACUGAAAAUUCAGAUGUGACAGACCCGAAACAGGACCAGAUAGAUGAUAUUACUCAUGCUCGAUUCAUUAGAGCAGUCUCGGAGUUGGAACUCUUGGGAUUCAUAAAGCCUACCAAACAGAAGACUGAUCAUGUGGCACGACUGACCUGGGGUAGCUGUUAACUUACGCAGUCUCCUAAGAA